AUGUGGAGGCGGACACCACGCCGCCCUCUGCCUCAAAGAAAAUCAAUCCUAGAAUUUGACAGCAAAGAUUCCGAUACGGGCCGAUAUUCCACGUUUUAUUGGAGGGAGAGAUCGAGACCAAACUCUCGCUCACCGAGUACCAAACCAACAGAAUCUCAUGCAGUGACCCAUAACCGAGCUCGAAGGUCACCUUAUCCGGAAGUAAAAUUCAGGGAUUCCAAUACUACACAUAUGUAUUCCACGCCACCAUACUUAGAUCAUUAUACAAAUCUAGAAACAGAUUACUCCAGAGACAAUACUAAGACGAGACCUUAUGAAUCUCAACAGGACACGUUUUUGAUGAACCCCACUCAGAUUCAAACACUCAUCCUUGGAGGACAUUCAUACACAGAAAAAUCAUAUAGAGUCAAAGUCGUGCUCCAAAGUACGACAAACGGUGUACCGUUAAGUCUUAAACUAUGGACGCGAAAAUUUAUAACCACUAUUUCUUCCAAUCCACGAUCGAAAAACGACCUAUCCAGGAGGCAUAACGAAAUCGACGUCUUAAUAGGAAUGGCUCAUUACUGGGAUGUAGUCGAGAUCAACUCAAACCGCCUACUCCCCUCCGGUCUAGUCCACUCAAACACUAAACUCGACCCAGUCCUAUCGAGGCUUUAA